GCCCUCAAUGAGAACAUUAUCUCAAGAUGGAUACGUCAAGAAUGAUCGUGAACACAUUCAACUUCCAUGGUCAGCAGCUUAGCAAGAUCAUGGAAGACAAGCAAGUCAAACUGCUGGGAAGCAUAAACAUUCGUGAUGUUGACUAUCACACGUAUCACCAAAGGACUAAAGAUCUAAGCAUGCAGGAUCGAACAAAGCGAUUAAAACUGCUAAACUUCAUGGCUGAUAAGGCAGAGCUGUUGUACAGACCGCUCUCACAAGACGAGCUGCCUCAGCCGACGGAAUCGCUGGCUGAAGAUGAAGAUUUGUACGCCAAGGUGCCGUGUCUCCCCGAGUUCCUGGGACUGAACAGGGCUGCUUGGAGGGAGCAGGCUCUCAAGAUCAUCCGGCCCGGCCAGAUCAUCCUAUGCCAGGUGGUGGGCAUGAAGCCGACCGGCGCGCUGGUGCUCGACUGCGCCGUGCUCGUCUCCUGCGGCUGCAUGCCCAUCUCGCGCAACCAGCAGCACAUCCGGGCGGUGGUGCCGGGAAACAUGUCGCUGGACCGGCACUGGAAGACGCACGAGCUGUGCAUGGGCCUGGUAGUGGAGGUGCAGCAGGGCGACAUGAUCGUGAUGUCGCUUAUGGAGUCGAACCUGCCGCCGGCGCUGGUCGGCCACGUCAAGCUGGGUCACGUGACACUCAACGACCUGUCGCCACGCUGCAAGCGGGCUGUCGGCAGUCAGGAGCCGCAGACGACGUACGAGGACCACCUGCACGCCGCCGUCGGCUUCCACAACCCGAACGCCAUGCUGUACCUGGCCGAGAAGCAGGGCCUGCUGGAGCUGCAGCAGUCCUUCGGACAGCAUCUCGCGAGCGGCUUCCCCAAGGAGGAGUGCGCCGCUGGCCUGCGCAAGGAGCAGGCCUCCCGCUGGGCCUACCGCUCCGUGGCCAAGGGCGUGGCGCUGUUCAAGAAGGGCGAGUACGGCGAGGCGUUCCAGUGCCUGAACCAGGCGCUGAACGUCGACCCCAGCAACGUUGAGGGCCUGGUGGCCAGGGGAGCACUGUUCGCCAAUCGCGGCAACUACGAGAAAGCCAUUCUGGACUUUGAGAAGGCUCUGAAUGAAGACGCAAACCACCAGAACGCCAAAAAGUACAUGGGUGAAACACUAGUAGCGCAGGCCAAAAUGUAUGAGGACGAGAAGGACUACGACAAGGCCAUGGAGGUAUACAAGCUCAGCCUGUCGUUCGUGCCCGACAACAAGGAGGCGCUCCGUUCCAUCCGCUUCCUCAAGGCCAUGCAAGUCGGCCAGAUCCAGGCGGAGGACCUGCUGCGCCUGGACGACCUGGCCAUCCCGCAGCGAAACGAGAAGGCAUCGGAACUGAAGAAGAAGCUGCUCGCCCUCCUCGGAGAGGAGGACGGCGCCGGCAGCUCUGCCAAGAAAAAGAAAAAGUCGAAGAAGCGGCGCCGCCGCAGCAGCUCGGACAGCAGCAGCAGCAGCAGCAGCAGCGACAGGUCGGGCCGCAGCAGCGGGUCGGCCCGCAGUCGCCACUCGCCCCGGCCUAGAAGAGGAGAAUCGCCCGAACCCAAGCCUUGCGAUGGGCCCCAGCCAGCCGCCGGAAGCUCCAGUCGGCGCCGCAGCGGGUCGCUCUCGCCGCUCAGCAAGAAGAUGCACCUGAUGCAGGGCCAGCAGCGGCUGCCGGCGGCGCCCGGCGGUCCGGCCGAGCUGCCGCUGGCGCACGGCUUCAGCAACCCGCCGCCAGUGGCGCUGCCGCUGGCCGAGCGCGUGCCGGUCGGCGCCAACCCCUACCAGAUGUACCCGGGCCCGUCCGCGGCGGUGGCGCCGCUCGUCGUGCCCCCGGGCGUGUACGCCCCGCCGCCGGUGAAGAGCCAAGAGGACCACGCCUAUGAGGAGAAGGUGCGCCGCUUCCUGGACUCGCUCGAGAAGGACGGCGGCGGCGGCGGCGCCGCGCGGAAGGAGCGCGCCCCGGAGCCGGGCCGCCGCUGGCCGCCGCCGCGCGACUACCGAGACCAGUGGGAGGCGCGCGACCCGCUCGAGCCCUACUUGGACCGGCCGGCAGGCCGCCGCCGCGACCUGGACAGAGAUGCCAGGGAUGCCAGGGAUGCCAGGGAUGCCAGGGAUGCCAAGGACGCUAGGGAUGCCAAGGAUGCCAGGGACGCCAGAGACGCCAGGGACGCCAGAGAUUCCAAGGACGUCAGAGACUUGAAGGACGCGGAGCGGAGGCCCAAGAGAGAACGGACAGAAUCCGCUAAAGACAAGAGGGAAGACGUCACUCCGUCCAAGAAAGACGAGGAACGCCAGAGAAAGAAGGAUGAAGGCAGUGGAAAGAAGAAAGACAAAAAGAAAAAAAGUCGAUGGGACGAUGGCAAAUCCGAAGGAAAGACCGAGAGCAAGGUGGAGGGAAAAUCGGAUGUGAAGUCUGAGGGAAAAUCCGACAGCAAGUCGAAAAGUGACAAAAAGUCCAAACAGAAGGAGGUGACCGAGCCGGGGCCUCCCAAGACUGAAGAGCCAGAUUUGGACGACGAUGAGUUUCUCUACGGCGACGCCAAAGACGCUAUAGGCGAAAUCAAGGCCGAGAAGAAUGACUACGAUCCCUCGGAGCCAACCAAGGAUGACGAGGCGGUGGCGGCCGGUGCCAACGGGACCAAACCGGACGGCGUGCCGGGCACCGCCGCCCACAAGGAGGAAACGAAACACAAAGCGACGAGCAAGCGGGAGCGCCAGCCGUCCGGCGGCUCGGCCCACUCAGCCGGCGAGCUCAAGUACCUGACCGAGCUGGAGCAGCUGCGGAAGCAGGUGCAGAAGCUCAAGGAGAAGGAGAAGAAAAAGAAACACAAGAAGAGGAAGGAGAAGGCGGCGAGCCGGGAGCCGCUGGUGGCGUCGGCCGCGCGCGGCGGCACGCCACAGCGCGAGGCAGCCGGCGGCGCCGACCGCGCCUCAUCAGAGCGCGUAGUGCGCAUGGAGGCCUCCGGCUCGGAGUCGGCCGCCGACCUGACCAAGUGGAAGCACGCGGGCUGGAAUGAGGAGAGUGUGGAGGUCAAGAAGCGCAAGGACGGCUCGGUGCGGAUCGUUAAGACCGAGAUAGACGACGAGGGCCGGGAUAGUGUCAAUAAGAUGAAGGCAGUGUUCGAGGAGUACCAGCCCAAGAUCAAGGCAACCACUGACAAGAACAAGCUGAAGGGCAUGUCUGUCGGCAAGCGGCCGGACCUCAAGAUCAACCUGCUCGGGGUCAAGAAGGAGGAGGUCUUGCCGCCAUCCAAGGAGGACACGGACAAGCAGAAGCCGGCCGUCGAGGAGUCGGCCGACGCGAAGGAGAAGUCGCCGGAGAAGACGGUGCGCCGCCGCUCGCCCUGGUCGAGCCGCUCGCGCUCCCGGAGUCGCAGUCCGCGCUUCUCGCGCUACGGCCGCCCGCGCAGCGACAACUGGCACAGCCACAACUACGUGCCGGGCCGGUACUCGCGCGCCCGCGGCUUCCGACCGGGCUUCAGGGCCGGCUUCCGCGGUGGCUUCCGUGGCGGCUCGCGGGGCGUGGGGCCGCGCGGUACCGCCGGCGACCGGUUCCACUUCGUGCGCCGACGGCCACCUGCCGACAUGUUCGCCAAGCUGAAGGAGGCCAAGCUGAAGAUCGAGGCUGACCUGUCGUCGCACCAGCAGCGCGCGUCCGACAUGGCCUCCACUGUGUCGGCGGCGGCCGUGUCCGUCGCCUCCACGCCCUCCGAGGUCAGCAAGCUGAUGGCCGGCAAGUGGGGGGACGACACCAAGGCGGAGGCCGAGUCGCUGGAGGAGACGGAGAAGUUCAUCUCGAAAGGCAUGGCCGAGAAGAAGAAGGAGAUGCUCGAGAGGAACAAGCACCUGCUGAAGGAAGCGUGA